ACGAAAAUUAAUUAUUUAGUCAUACAUAAGAAUAAAAAAAAAAUGGUUCAUCGAUGCGUAAUUUGCCACUCCAACUCGACUAAAAAUCCAAAUCUAAGUUUUCACCGGUUUCCAAAAGAUCCUGAAAAACGUGAAGUAUGGAUAAAUAAUUUAAAUUUAAAAAUGCAAAUAAAAGAUUGGCAUCAAAUAUGCAGCCUACAUUUUUCUCCAAUGAGCUAUGUAUUUAGCAAUGAGAGAAAAAUAUUAAAAUUUGAUGCACUACCAGUAUGUCAUGAAGAAAGAGAAACAUUGAAUAAUGCUGCAAUACUGCCAGAUGAAUUAACGCCUGAAGAUUUUAGUUUGACUGCGUCUGUUUCACAAAAUGUUGAAGAAAUACAUGUAUUAUCGCAGACACCACCUACUUUGUCUCUUUCUGAAAAUAUUGAUGGAAUACAUGUACUGUCACAAACACCACCUACAUUGUCUCACUCUGAAAAUAUUGAUGGAAUACAUGUAUUGUCGCAGGAACCAAUAUGUUCACAUACUACACCUCAUUCUGAAGAAUUCAUGAUAAAAAGAAAGUUCCACUCUUCUUCAAGAGUUGGGGAUUUGGACGAAGAUGACUUUAUAACACCCAAGAGAAGGAAACGUAAUUUGGCAGUAGUUAAAAAUUCAAUUUUUAAUCUUCGUCGUAAAAAUAAGUUAUUACACCAAAAAAAUGUGAGGCUACAAAAAAAAUGCAAAAAUCUAUCCGAUAUAAUUAAUCAACUUAAAGAAAAGUGUAUGAUAUCAGAUGUUGCAGCUGUAGACUUGGAGGUAAUUUUUUUAUUAUAUUCUUAA